AUGGAACAAUCGCUAGAAGAGGAUCGACGUAGGGAGGAAGAGGAGGAAGCCACAGCGCGUCAAAAGCUAACCCUGAAAUACAUCCAUCGUGACCGGGAGCAAGCCGCUGCAAAGUUGGUACGCGAUUACAUCUCGAGGGACCCGAUAUGGGGAGAUACCUACUUCCGUCGCCGUUUCCGCAUGCGGCGAGAGCUAUUUUUGCAUAUCGCAAAUACAUUGGCGGCCCGGGAAGAGUACUUCCUAGAAGGGUUCGACGCUAUUGGCCGUCCCAGUCACACGACCCUCCAGAAAUGUACUGCAACAAUCCGUCAACUUGCUACUGGACAAACGGCAGAUUUGUUCGACGAAUACCUGCGCAUCGGAGAAACCACUGGGAGACUUUGUUUGUUGAACUUUUGUAAAGGCGUCCGGGCAGCCUUCACCGACGAAUUUCUGAAGAAGCCAACCACCGCAGAUUGUCAGUUUCUGCUCCAACUUCACGAACAAGUGCACGGAUUCUCCGGGGUGCUCGGGAGUGUCGAUUGCAUGCAUUGGCAAUGGAAGAACUGCCCUGUGGCGUUGAGAGGGUCAUACACGAGCGGCCACAAAGGCACCCACCCCACCGUUAUACUCGAGGUCGUUGCCGACUACCGGCUAUGGAUUUGGCAUGCGUGUUUCGGGGUCCCCGGCUCGAACAACGACGUCAACGUGCUCAACAAUUCCGACCUCUUCGCUGAAGUUCUAAAUGGACACGUGAUUCUACCACCCACGCAACUCCAGGAGGAUCUAAUGGAGCACAUUUGGGCAAAAUUUGGCAACCAGUAG